UUGGAAACGGCGAUUUUAAAUACAAUCAAACUACGAACAUUGUAACCUUUGUAAUAUUGUCGAUGUCCAUGUCUUUGACAUAAAUAAAAUUACCUUCAACCAAGCCUUCAACUCACUAAAGUCUUUCUAAUAAAAUCACAAAAUUCAAUUUUGAAGAGUUUCAUUAUUUAAGUAUAUUAUUAGGCGAUGGAAUUUUUUGGCCAUACACUAUUUGGACCGCAAAACUACAUAAGAGAUACAAUGAGGGAUGAUUACAUCGAGCCGACUACAAAAGAACAAGCAGAUCAAAUAAUAGAAUUUAUUAAAUUAAAUCAGAAUCCGAAACGACAGGGUCCAGAUCUGGAUGCCAUAAAAGUGAUAGAUUGUUACAUUGGGAGAGUAAAUGGAUUUGCUUACGGAUCGUCCAUCCGAUUUAAAAAGAUGAAACGAAAAGGAGUUAUUAAACCUGUCGGACCAGCUGAAAUGUACAGAUUACCGCCAGUGACUUCUAUUGAGUAUGGUUGGUUUUUGCAUGAUCCUGAAUUGGCUUCAACAUCAUGGUACAAAACACAUCCCAGACAUCCUCAACCAGCUUCUCCAAAUACUUUAAUUCUUGAUGUUGUACGCAAAAAUAAUAAAUAUGCGACUCUGUUCUAACUUUAUUUGUUACUAGC